UGUAGUAAUGAAAUCAUCAGAAUCUGCCUCAAUAUCCGAUGAAGCGUCGUCCGUUCCCUACGUCUUCCGAAACGCGAAUAUGGAACGUCACCGUCCCAACCCAUCGCCAAUGCCUACCUGAUCGUGCUAGUCGGGCGCCUUGCGAUUCGUUCAUUAUCGUCUCCUCUAGUAGUAGACGCCGUCGCCGCCAUUCAUCAUGUUCGCGUCGCAGGUCACAGCGAUGUUUUCUAGUAAUUCUACGUUGAGUACCCGAUGCCUCCACCUGCGACCCUCGAGACGGUUCACCCAGUUUUUCGUUACACGGCUCGGGCUAUCUCCUGCUGCAUGCUAUAAAGGCGUCACAAUUCAGGAGUUCCAGCAAAAGCGAGGUCAGUCUUCGCAGAGUGCAAACAAGCAGGGGCCAACGCCUCCGUCAACGCCUCCGUCAACGCUCCUCCUCCACGCCUUGAAGCAGAGUGUGAACUUCCGCCCCCUAUUUACCGCAUUCCGCAGCCAAAGCCUUCGUUCGCUGUUUCGCCAGAGCCCGGAAGAGCUUGUUCUCGCCAUAAUUCUUUUAUGCGGUGCGGCCGGCAUAUGUGUCUACGUUGUUUACGCAUAUUUCAAUUAUUUCCAGUCAAAACAAUUCACACGAUUCCCGCCCCCUAUCGCCAGGUCGCUUCGCCGUGCGUUGUACUACAGCAAUUACUCGCCCGACCCGAACCAGGCUCUGAAAUACUAUAAGCUCGCCUUGCAGCAGUGCUCGGAAGCUGGCCUUGAUAUAUUUUCCGACGAGGUUAUGGGAAUUAGGAUCCAAUUGGCUGCAUGGUUCGAAAAAAUUGGGAGCUACAAGAACUCUAUCGACGUCCUAGAGAGCCUCCUUCACGACUGCAAAAGAUGGAUUGAAACGAUGGAACAGAGCGCUCGAGACGGGCUUAUUGACGCAUCGGGAAGCCUGAAAGCCGUGUUGAAAGCUCAAGAUUCCGCAGCGGAAGAAGGCCGCGAGCCCGAAAAGCCUGCAAAGCCUGAGAACAUGUGGGCCAAGCGGAUGAGAAUUCUAGGAAAGUCGAUUGCGAUCAGUGCUAAGCUGGGAGAACUCUACGCGGACGAGCAUGUUCUCGAAAGCGACUUAGCUGGUGACCGCUUGGUGUGGUCAGUUGAGACUGUGCUAAAGGAAUUGCAGAGACGCCGGAUCGAGGGUGUACGAGAGGGCGAAGGUGAUUGGAUGACCCCAGAGCAAGUUGGGGGAGCGCUUGAGGCUCUGGGAAACCAUUACGAAUCUAAAUCACAACAUUAUCUGGCAGCGCCACUCUUCCUUCAGGCUAUCACACUUGCGCCACCAAGCAGUUGCCAUACUGCCGUGCUUAUGAACAACCUUGCUAUUUCUCUAGCACAGCAACCCGUGGACAUGCUGCCGGAGCCCAGACAGCCCCCCCCGGCCGAUAAGCCUAAUGCGGCCACCCAUCCGACGCGAUCUGCCCUCCUUGCUAGUGCCCGCUCGUGGGCGACGCAGGCCCAAGCGACGGCGCAGAAAGUGCGGGGCGAGGAUAGAACUGAAGAGUGCGACGAGGCUUGCGCCGUGGCGCUGUGCAACCUUGGAAUUAUUGCAGAGAUGUCUGGAGAUGUCGAGGAAGCUAAGCGAAGGUUCAAGGAGAGCCUGCUAAUAAGCAAAAAUAUCCCCUUCGAACCGGGUGUCAUACAAGCUGAAGAAGGCCUCCAGCGGUUAUCUACAACAUCAACAGGACCUUCAUAAACCAAGCGUCGGCGGCAUUAUGAUGAAACCCCCCACUUGAAGUCUGUGUCCUUCCACAAGCCUCUAGCUAACUGCUCUCUGGAUGGGACUCUCUCUAGCUGCUCAACACGAAGUAGUAACCCACGUCCAGACGCCGCUUGUAAAAACCUACAUACCUAAUCUGCUCAAACAAGCAAAACAUCUCUAAAUGUGGCUGCUUCACAUAAGCGAGGUCACCGCAGCCGGCCAGGAUAACCUGGGAUUUGCUGGCGGAAGAAUUCCCCAGGCCAUUGCAGGCGAGAAGCUAACCAGCGAUGUGUCUUCUCGGCUUGAUACAUUGUUCAGACAAGAACGGGGAACUUAAUGUCGAAUUAGGCAUAAGAUUCCGAGCGAUCUUACGAUAGGGAUUGCACCGUAGUCCCCGUCCCCAUUUAACGAAGUCGCCUAGGCUGAGGUGAAGGGCAGCCCAGUGAUAGCAUACAUAGUUACUAGAUAAGCGUUGAAGUCCCGGGUCCCUUUCUACACAGGCUACAAUGCAUUUCCCUUUAAUACUUGGUAUCGACGAAAGCCGAGACCGAAGGGUUGGCCUGGGAAUUAGGGAGUAAUGCAGCACCUCCAUGCGCUAUCGGUUGUUAGCCUGAUAGACCAAAGUGAGAAGCCUCGUCCAACAUAGGACACAACCCAAGUCAGUGAACCCACGUAUAUGUAUCUGUUAAUAACACAUGCUUUAUAA